GUUAGCUUUGUUAAAAAUAAAUUUAAAAGUGCGAUAUUGGGUAAAGUCGAAUAAAGUUGCCAGCCCAAUCCUUCAGGUCACACACACACACACACACAGACUCUCUCUCUCUUCUCUCCCUCUCCAUUUUUUUUACCCCCACCACCACCGUUUGUAAAGCACACAAUCGCAAAGUCGGUCAAUGAAGAAAUAUUUCCAUAGCAAAGACCACAAAAAAGAGAAAUCACUCAAGCUCCAACAGCAGUUGCAACUCCAAGAAGAGAAGCUAUGGAAGACUGAAAUGCAAAGAAGACGGCAGCAGGAACUGCUGGACGAGGAAAUGGCGAAAAAGUUACAAGAAGAACUUGAGGCUAGUGGGGGACAAUCGACGGCUGCAUCUCAACCUCCUACUGCUCCUCCCGCACAGGAACAAGAAUUGACGGACGAGGAAUUAGCGCGGAGACUACAGGCAGAGUUCGAAGCCGAAGAACGACAGCGAGAACAACAACAACAGCAGCAGGAACCGUCUCCACCCCCAGAACCUGCACGACAACAACCGUCGCCACCGUCGCCCGCCGUUUCAAGGGCUCCACCGCCUCUUCCAUCAAAGCCGAGAGCAUAUAAUCAGCAAUCCAGCUCUUCUUUAAGAGGAAAUACUUCACAAGCAACAUCUUCGGCCCACCCAGCCACAUCCUCUCCUUCGUCAUCGUCGAGCAUUCCUCGCCCUUCUUCUGCUACUACUACUGCUGCUCAGCAGCAUCCUGGACCAGGUCGCGAAGUGCCCCCUUCGCCAUACGCGCCCUCCUCAUCUUCGUCGAAUAAUGCCUAUAGUAAUGUUGCUACAACGCCAGCUAUGCCACCACGCGACUAUGGCACAUCGACCCCUUCGCCGCAACAACACGUUCCUCCUUCGCCAGUAAGCACACCGGCUGGAUACCCUCAAAACAACAACAGCAAUGUGUCUCCUCCUUCACCCAUGCCAGUAGCCCACCAGCCAUCUUAUUCUCCGGUUACACAGCAGCAACAAGGUUAUCAGCAGCACCAGCAUCAACAGCAACCACAUGCCUUCGCAAACACUGCGCCACCAGCGCCUUCGUCUCCAUCUGCUUCGUUUCCCCGUCAACCACAGACAACAACGGGCUAUCCUCCUCAACCAUCACAGCAGACAGCUGCUCCAUACCCGCCAUCACCACCCCAGCAACAACAUGCACAAGCACCUCACCCGUCUUCCAACUAUCCAUACCCGUCGCAGCCACAGUCUAUACCGCCUCAGUCUCAACAAAAUUACGCUCAGCAUCAACAUCAACAACCACCUUAUCCUGAGCAUACUCAGCAGCACCAGAAUCAAUCGUACCCAGAGCAGCAGACACAGCCCGUCCAUGCUCAACAACAACAAUCCUAUCCAGCAUACCAUCAACACCAAUCCUCUGAACAGCAACAGCAGCCUUAUCCUGCUCAGCAACAACAACAACAGUAUCAAGAUCAACCAGCGCAAUCCAAGGGAGCAAUGCUAUUCGGCUCUCCAUCAUCGAUGCCGACCAGAAAAGAGCCCAUGAUGUUCGUGGUACCUCCAAUGCCAGAGCAACAACGACAGCAAGAGAAUUCCACUCCUGUAACUCAGUACAUGCCUAUGCCUGCUCCUCCAGUUGUUCAUCGCUCCUCAUCUCCAGCAACAGCAUCAUCGUCGCAGUAUUCGAACGAACACACCCCUGGCGACGGCGGCAUAGCAACCCACGCCUCUCCAUUAUCGAGUAAUUCUUCAAAGAAGAACAGCAAUAGUAACAACAAUCCUUAUGGCAGCAGCAGCAGCAACGAGCGUACACAUUCACCAGCGCCAAUUUUGAAAAGUGCCCUGCAAAAGCCGCAUGAAACGGCAAUUCCAGAAUCGAAUUAUUACAAAGGAACAAGGGGUUGGUCCGAUAGUAUUGGCGAUGAUGAAGUUGAGGAAGAAGAGGGGGAAGAGGAGGACUACAUUACGUAUAAGCGGAAGAGCAGUAACAGCAGCAGCAGCAGCGGUCAUGCCACGAAACAGAAAAUGGAUACAUUACGUCCCGCCAAUGUUACCAAAAAGGACAAAGGUCGUCGUCGUGGAAUGAAAAAGAGUGAUGAUGAAGCAGACCCCUUUGCUGACAGCUUUGCUGUUGUUCCAUCGGCUACCGAAGAAUCAUCAUCAUCAUCAGCGUCAGAAGAGGAGGAAAGUGAAAGUGAAGAAGAAGAAAGCGAAGAGGAAGAGCCAGUCAAGCCUACCAAGAAGAAGCGAACACCUCCAGCGCCAGUCAACAAAAAAAAGUCGAAAUCAAAGAAGAAGAAGGAAGAAGACGAAGAGGAGGAAGGGGAAGAACAAGGGAAACAAAAAGCAAACGAACCCGGGUUCAACCCUGCCGAAUACUUUGACGAUGCUGACCUUGUUGACCUCAAUGCGCCAUCCGACUACGAUACAUCCGAAGACGGCAGCUCUGCAGACGAAGAUCAUAUCGACGAAGACAAGGUCAAGAAGGCCAAAGAAACUCCAAAGCCAACUGAAGGACAUUUAUUGGACAUUGAUAUUCCUGAAGAAGUAUCCAAAAAGGAAACCGUUCAACAGCAACAGGCACGGACCACUGUUAUUGAACCCAAACUUCCUGUCACUGACACGACUUCAUCCAACUCGGAACAGAAGAAACCCAGUAUCGACACGACGACACCCAAGAAAACAGCAGCACCUGCACGAGCAACAGCAACGCGCGUUGACCCCACGUUUUCAUCGCUCGCCAGUUUGGCACCUAUCAAAAAAAUGAAUAUGAAGUCGGAUUCAAACAAGAUUGAACCUAUUCCCCCAUGGUUAGAACGCCAGGAAUCGUCGAAUUCGGAUGCACCCAGUCCUUCCGUGAGUGUGAUGCAGGCGCGUCUGGCUGGUAUUUUGGUCGAUAAAAAGGGUGACGAUGAUGACGUUCAGGAAGACUCGGAUGAUCAGCCAAGAUCCAAAGAAGAUAAAACACAAGAGACGAUCGAUGCACCCACCAGACAUACUCCCUCUCCUCACCACGCCGCAAUGUAUCAUCAGCGGUCUCGCUCUACGGGUGCACUAUUGCCUCAGGAUGCUCCUGGCAGUGCUGUUUCAUACCAUCAACAAUUGCAACAGAUGCCCUAUGGUGCACACGCUUCUUACGACGAUAUGGCAUACAUGACGCCUCAGGUUUACCCAGGCAAUGUACUGCGUGCUGGAGCACCACCCGGAGUGGUAGUGAGCGACAUGGAUUUUGCUAGCACCGUUUCUGGUACUCCUGUUCCUGGUGCUCAUAGUUUGUAUAACUAUCCAAACGUAUCCAUGAACGAAGUUCCUUCCAACGAAUAUGGCUAUUAUAAGGUGGAUACUGAAGCUAGCGGUAGUGGUAGUGCACAAAACGUCGAUGACUCUGAUGCAAAGUCAACAAAGUCAAACAUGAACCGUAACGAGAAAGCCUUACCAAAAAUUCCAAAGAGUAUGUUUGCAUAUACGUCUAAUCAGUUGUUAUAGAUGUUCAUCUGUUUGCUAAUACAUUAUAUGGUUUUUUCUAGCUGAUCCAAACCAUCGCCAUAUCACUG